GAGGGAGGACCAACAGAGCAGCCAUGGGAAAGUUCUCCCCACUUUUUCCGAUUACAUGGAAUCUUUUUUAAAGAAGACGAACACAGAGGAGCAGCAGAUUGGUUCUCCAGUGGAAGGAGCAGAGGUGACAGUCAAAGGGCUGAGAACAGAGAUACAGCAAGGAGAUAAAGCCAAGUUCACGAGAGAGAAAGGAGCAGAGGAUGUCCAGAGCUGACUGGUCCUUCCUGGAGCACCUGCUGGAGGAGGGCCAGGAGUAUUCAACAACUGUGGGUCGUGUCUGGCUUACCGUACUCUUCCUGUUUCGUAUGCUGGUACUCGGGACUGCUGCCGAAUCUGCCUGGGAUGACGAACAAGCCGACUUCGUCUGCAACACCCACCAACCUGGAUGCACAGCUGUCUGCUACGACAGAGCCUUCCCAAUAUCCCACUUCCGCUACUUUGUCCUCCAAGUCAUCUUUGUCUCCACGCCGACCAUCUUCUACUUUGCGUAUGUGGCUGUGAGGGCUGGGAAGGACAAGGAAAAACAGGAGGUUAAGGAUGAGAAGCAGGCAGAAGAAGGUCGAAGCAAGAAAGGGGAAAUCAUAACAGAAAGGCUCGAUACCAAAGUGACUGAAGACAAUGCAGAAGAAAAGGAGAAAGAAAAGAGUGGUGGGAAAGGUGGAAAAACUGACAAACCUCUCCCUGAGGCGCCUAAACUGAAAGGGAGGCUGUUGGGUGCAUAUGCAUUAAGCAUCCUGUUCAAAGUCCUCCUGGAAGUUGGCUUUAUUGUUGGCCUCUGGUUCCUUUACAAUGGCUUCUUCAUUGAAGCUAAGUUCGAGUGCACAGGGUUCCCUUGUCCUCAUACAGUGGACUGCUUUGUCUCUCGGCCCACAGAGAAGACCAUCUUCACCAUCUACACUCAGGUGAUUGCUGCCAUCUCCCUGCUCCUCAACCUCAUCGAGCUCCUCCAACUGCUCCAGCUGGCCAUCUCCCAUCGGCUGGAGAAACGCUACCGAGCCGAGUACCUGGACUACCUACCUCGGGCUGAGCAAGAACCAGCCCGACAACAGACUCCAGAACUCCAAACAGAGGUGUCGGAGCCUUAUAAAGCAGAGAGCCAUGUCGAACUCCCCUCACAGGGUGCAGCUGUGCACUACUCCUCCAACCCCUGUGAGAGCUAUGGGGACAUGGCCAUAGAGGUGACCUGGGGAUCCGGAGAGAAUGCGACUGACUUGCUUCCCAGUUAUGUGAACUGCAUGGGAGCUAUGAGAACUACACAUUCUCCUAGAGUUCAUUAUAAGAAGCAUACACAUCACACUGGGAAAAAUACUAAGAGUGUCCAUAAGGGACACUCAAAACAAAAACAUUAUGUAUGAUGCAGUAAGAUGGGGUUUUACUAUGUGUAUAUGUAUGAAAGCUUUGCUCAAGUUUUUGGUUUUUAGAAAUGCCAUCUUGCACACAGCACUUGACUAUCAGGAGUGCACGGUAAGAGCCCAAAAGGGGGAGAAAUGAAAAAGAACAACUAUUACGCUGUGAACUCAAUGCCUCACAGGCAGACAGACAUUCAAACAGAGAUUUACCAGAUAAAUGGACCUAUUCUAAAUGAAACAUUUUGAGAACACUCCCCAAGGCAAGGAAAAUGAGACUCCUCCAUGAGACAAGAUUAAAGUCAUAAGAUGCCUUUGUGUUACAUUUAAUGGAUUUUAGUGCAAAAUGUGACGGUGUACAAAAAAAAAACCAACUCUGCAGAGGGCUACUGUGUGAGUGUUUAUGGGAGGGAAUGCAGCAGAGCCAGAUUUAAGCAUGUUCCCCUGAGAUUUGCACUGUAAACCCUGGAGUUGUUUGAAGACCCCUCCGCUCCCAGUGGCUUCGUCCACACUGUGGAAUGCACUGGUCUCUGGAUCCUGCUCAGCUCCCAGGAGGAUAAUGGCUGCGUGGAUGCAGGCACGCAUGCAUGCUCACACACAAUGUCAUUUCCCCUUUCACCCAGUGAGUGUUGGUCACUCAAGUUUGGGACGUGGACUAGGAAAGGCAGGGUUGAAGAGAAGGGGAGCCAAACCAUGGGAAAUGUGGGACUGAACAUGACUGAUCAUUGCCAGCAACCAUAAUAUUUCAGCUAUGAAAGAAGAGGGAGAGAAAGCACCACUGCGUACAGCACUCACUGAAUAAUGCAAACACAAACAUCCACUUUGAAAAAUCAAACCUUUUAGUGAGCUAGAGAUAGAGCUCAGGAGAUGCAUUAGUGAUUGCACAUUGAAUGGGCUGAAAGCGGUACAGAAAUGUACAAAAUCAACGAAAGGAGAUGGCGAAUUAUGAGAAAACUGUAUUUAAUGUUUAAGGUAUUACAAAGAAAUACCAGUGCUAAUAUUUAUUUUUUUUGUUUAAAAUAAACAUGUAAUGAAUGAAUGAUGACACGAUCAUUCAGCAACUGAAAAAAACAAUUCCAUUAUUCACAUGCAAGUGGAAUUUCAGUGUAUAUGAUGGUUUUCUUCCCUUUGAUUUCUGGACGAGAUAUAAGCUUCUCUGAAGCGAGUGUGUUUUCUGUGUCUAACUUUCUGCUGUCUAAAUACAGUUGCAGCAUGGAGGAACUGAAUAACUCAAGGGAAAGAUAACAGAAUAAAUAGCAGAAAGACAAAGGUGUGGAGAAGUGAAUGAGCCUUAUAUGGUAUUAUGAGUAUAACCUGAGGGGGAAAAUUGAUUUAAUGGCUGUUUUCAGAUCUGCAGCUCUGGCUAUACAGGGAAUAAGGACAUCACUUAUAUGCCAGCAAAAGUUCAUACAAGGUGGAACAGCGCUUUAUGUUGGCUUUAUUUAAUGUCCCCCUGAGAGUGUUCACUGUUAAAGCUAUUUUCUAGGAGAACAACUGAUAAAAUCCAGAACUUCAACAAAAGGUGCUCCCCCAGGCUCUGAAAAAAUGUAAUCAUGUGUCUUUUUCAUGAUGUAGCAGCAGCACUCUGCUAUACACCAUUCAUUUCCAGCAAUUUACUGAACUGUCUUCAUGGCGAUAAGCAGUUAGGAAAAAGGGUCAAAGGGAAAAUUUAUGUGAGAUGGGCCUUCAUACCACAAACAGCUUGGACUGUUUGUGAGUUCAAAUUAACUGUAACAGCUGAAAUGAAAUGAAUCUGGCUUUUUCUUUAAUUUUGCUGUGGUUAAAUAAAAUGUUUUCUAAUUUAAUAAUAA